AUGGUGAACAGUCCAAAAAAAGUGGUCUUUGUUACUACAAUUUCGAUAAUCAAAACAGAAAACUUAGACAAUGCGACUGCGAUAGAAGUUGCGGCAGCGUCGACGACGACAAAACGAACAACCUGCGGUAGUGUUUGCCGCAACCGCAAGCGACAAACAAACAAACAGACUAAUCAAUAA